AUGCACAACGGCAGCUCGAUCAAGCUCUUGACGGGUAACAGUCAUCCUGCCCUGGCACAGGCAGUCGCAGAAAGACUAGGACUACGGCUGUGUCAGUGUACGGUCAAGAAGUUCUCAGACAAUGAGACUUCGGUCAGUAUCGGCGAAUCCGUCAGAGAAGAGGAUGUCUACAUCCUCCAGACGGGCUUCAAUCCUACACCGAUAGCCUCAGACAAACCUGCUUCCUCACGACCCUCCUCGCCCAACUAUCUGCCCGCAGCAGAUCCGAACGACUUGCUCAUGGAGCUGCUCAUCCUCAUCUCAGCUUGCAAGACGGCUUCCGCCCGACGCAUCACCGCCGUCAUUCCUUGCUUUCCCUACUCGCGGAUGGACAGGAAGGACAGAUCGAGAGCGCCCAUCACGGCCAAAUUGGUCGCCAACAUGCUCCAAGUGGCAGGAUGCGAUCACGUCAUCACCAUGGAUCUGCACGCUUCUCAGAUCCAGGGCUUCUUCGAGAUUCCCGUCGAUAACUUGUGGACGGAACCCCUCAUGCUGAGCUACAUCAAGCUCAACGUACGCGAUUGGCAUAACAGCAUCAUCGUCAGUCCAGAUGCUGGCGGUGCGAAAAGAGCGACAACACUUGCAGAUAGACUGGGCGUAGACUUUGCCUUGAUCAACAGGACAAGAGCCCGGGGUCAGAAUGUAGAAAGCUCGUCUGACAAGAUGGAGGUCCUCGUGGGCGACAUAAAGGGGAAGAAUGCCAUCCUGAUCGACGACAUGCUCGACACGGGCGAGACGUUGCAACUUGCUACCCAGACACUCAAGAGCUCGGGGGCAAAGACGGUCUAUGCUAUCGUCACACAUGGUCUCUUGUCCGAGGACGCGCUAGACAUGAUCAUCCAGCUGCCGAUCGAGAAACUUGCAGUGACGGAUACGAUCUGCCAGCACGAGAAGACCAAGCGAGCGCUCGACAAGCUAGACACCAUGUCUGUCGCUCCUCUCAUCGCAGAAUCAAUCAGACGGACCCACAAUGGAGAAAGCUUGAGCUUACUCUGGAGCGAAGGCGGGGCAGCAGCAUUCUAG